AUGCCAAACCGUCCUGGAUCCCACCUAAUCGCUCAUGUGGCAACCGAGAAAGCCCUGGCUACUGCAGAACGAGAGGGCCCAUCGUAUGACGCUCUGUGGGACGCUUUCGCAAGCAGAGUGCAAGGCGAGUGGGAGGGAGUCACCGUCACCUUCAACGCGGAAGGCGCCGCGCAACCCCUUCCAGAGCGCUACGUGCCUGGCGCAUACAGAGAAUGGGGCGUUGAGCUGUACGACUGGCAGAGCCAGAGCAGCUGCCUGGUGACGCAGGCCCCUGCCCCGGGGCAGCCGGGCAGCCUGCGCAACAUUUUCAAGCGCCUGAUGCCUACGGUUGGGUGCGAGGCCGAUGCAAUCGCCUAUGUGGAGGAAGCUGAGGACGUCUGGAGGGCGGACGGCGGCAGCAGCUGCUGCGAUCAUCAUCAGCUAUCUCGCCCAGGGCGCACAAGCACGUGCCCCGAGUCCACCCGGACCAAACGGACGACGGAUCUCCAGUCAUACUGCGACCCACACGCAGAUACUGAGCUGGCUGGUUUGCCUUUCCUGUCCUCUCUUGCCAGGAGCCUCGUCAAACCUGUGACCCCUGACGGUGGCAAGGUGAAGGUGGAGGCGUGCCUGGCGGCGCCUGGCGGCCAGUCGCGAUUGCGAGUUACGGUAACGCUGAUGCAGCACUGGGAAAGCAAGCAGUGGCAGGUGGCUUUUGUGGACCUCAGUCGCGAGGCUUAUGAUGGGCCGUUCAAUGGUGGCGUGGAGUUAUCCGGGUGCGCCGGUGGAGGCAAGCCGUUUGCGAAAGACCCUGUCACUUCACCGCAGCGGCUGAAUGGGAGCUGGUCAGGCGCGGCGGUGUUCAGGUACUCGCGAAGCAGCGAUGCGACGGAAGCAGGCGGACUUACGUUCCAGCGCGGGACCGAGCAGGGCUCCGCCACAAGUUUCACAAGCGUCGACGACUGCAGUGUCACAAGCUCUACUGCCAUACUACUGCCUUUGGGCGUCUGGGUCAGUUGCUCUGCGGCGAAGUCUGACAUGAGGCUAGUCGUAGGUGCGCUGCGAGGGGAAUUGGAGCGUGAUGUUGCGGUCUGCAGCCAUUACAUUGCAAGCAAAGAGGCGUUUGUAGCCGAAAGCUACAUGUACACAAUUGCAGAACUUGAUUCUUUGGACGAAACCGAGUCGAAGUCGGCAGCGACGAAGCCCAGCGCUGCCCGCCCGGCAGGCGCGCUGCACCAGCAGCGGGUCGGCUGGGUGACGAUGGCGCAUGGCAAGAAAUUGAGCAAAAUAAAGAUUCUUGGAAUAAAUGUAACGGAUGUCUGCAAACACAUCAUGCAGCCAGAUGUGCCCCACUCGCUGCGAUUGCAAGGAAUUCUUAUCGGUGGCGUGGUCAUCGUCUUCAAUCGACAGCAGCUGUACCUGCUGG